AUGUCCACCACUGGCCGGCGCCGGUCGGUGGAGGUGCGCAGCUUAUGGGACGCCCACGACGUCCAGAGCCGGGGGUUCCUGGAUGCUGCGGAGCUGCGGCGACUGCUGGACUCGCUCCGCAAGAAGCUGGGGGCCUCCGGCGCCUUGUCCGACGCCGCGGCCGAGCGCUGCGCGGCGCUGCUGCGCGCCGACGAGGACACCGGCGAGCUGCGGCAGGAGGACUUUGGGCGACGCUUCACGCAGCUUUGGGCUCAGAAGGACGAGCUCUGA